AUGAAGAAAAUCGAUAUAUUAUGCUCCUCACAAGCAGCAACAGCAAUCUGCCUCAGCACGGACGAGAAAUCGCCGUCGUCCACCCCUUCCUCCAACUCCACCGCCUCCCUGCUCGCCGCCUCCGCCGCCCGCGGCGGCGCCGCUAUCGACCGCCACAAUCCCAUCCUCCGAGACCCAAAUCGCACCCCCAAACCUCCCCCACCCUACAACAGCCGCUCCGACCCGCCCGCUGUCCCCAAAUCUCGAAAAAUCCUUCACACUAAGAAGAAGAACAGGAAAAUCCAGCUGCUCAAGGAAAACGAGGACGAUAAACUCCCCGGCGGGAGUUUGGUGAGAAGGAGCUGGAAAUGCAUGAAUCUGGGUGAUUUUAUCAGCCCUCCGGGUUCCACGAGGUACUUGUUGAGGGAGAAAGGUGUUCUUGACGCCUUGUCGUUGUCCGAUUUCGAUCAAAACUCGCCGGUCGAGGAAAUUCCUAAGGAUGCGGAGAAAAUGGAGGAAUUUCUGUUUGCGGAAAAACAAUCGUCUCCUUCGCCGUCUCAUGCUCCAGAACAGGUGGUUGUUCUGAGGGUGUCAUUGCAUUGCAGAGGAUGUGAAAAAAAAUUGAGAAAGCAUCUCUCUAGAAUGGAUGGUGUGACAUCUUACAACAUAGAUUUUGCAGCAAAGAAGGUGACUGUAAAUGGGAAAAUUACUCCUUCAGGGGUGCUUACGAGCAUUUGUAAGGUGAAAAAUGCUCAGUUAUGGUCACCAACACUCUCAUCAUCUUCAGUGUAG